AGGGCCGGUAUCACCGGAGAAAGGGGUGGCCAUCCCUUGCCCCACCGGUAUCUUUGUCACUUGUAAAGUAGGUGGAAGAUGUUGCUGACAUAUGACCGUGCGUUCUAAGUUCAUCGCCGGGGGUAGUGCUGACGUGUGACAAUGCGUCAGUGACUAGAGCAACAAGCCAACAAGUCAAUCGCUGAACCAACUCCACUUCUCUAAAUAAGAUAAUAAAGAACGAACCACUUCCUCUCUCACACUCGCUCACUCGGACAUGGCACAGAAUCAACAAAUUGUAAUUCCACGAGUCAAACUCGGUAACCAGGGUUUAGAGGUCUCAAAGUUAGGAUUUGGAUGUAUGGGGCUUAGUGGCAUGUACAAUGGCCCUGUCUCUGAAGAGGUUUGCAAUGCAAUGAUUAAGGAAGCAUUUGAUCGAGGGGUUACAUUUUUCGACACAGCUGAUGUUUAUGGACCUCGUACUAACGAAGUUUUGGUUGGGAAGGCGCUAAAGCAGUUGCCGAGAGAGAAAAUCCAGCUGGCCACCAAAUUUGGUAUUGUUAUCAACAGAACUGAUUAUGCAAAUGCCUCGGUCAAUGGCAAACCGGAAUAUGUUCGUGAAUGCUGUGAGGCUAGCCUUAAGCGUCUUGAUGUGGAUUACAUUGAUCUCUACUAUCAACAUCGUAUUGACACUUCAAUACCGAUAGAGGAAACUAUGGGAGAGCUUAAGAAGUUAGUGGAAGAAGGAAAGAUUAAGUAUGUCGGAUUAUCUGAAGCAAGUCCUGACACCAUAAGGAGAGCACACGCAGUUCAUCCCAUCACUGCCGUGCAGAUGGAAUGGUCACUUUGGACUCGCGACAUUGAAGACGAAAUAAUUCCACUUUGCAGGGAACUUGGAAUUUCCAUAGUGCCAUAUAGCCCUCUUGGUCGAGGCUUUUUUGGGGGCAGAGCAGUUGUGGAAAGUUUGCCUGCAGAGACUGUACUGAAAAACCAUCCGAGAUUCACAGAAGAAAAUAUCGAGAAGAACAAGAUAUUUUAUACUCGGGUAGAAAAUUUGGCCAAGUUAUUCGGAUGUAGUCCUGCUCAGCUUGCCCUUGCUUGGGUUCUUAAUCAAGGGGACGAUGUUGUUCCCAUCCCCGGGACAACGAAGAUUAAAAAUCUUAUAGACAAUAUAGAGGCUGUCAGAAUCGAGCUAACGAAAGAUGAGAUGAAGGAGAUCUCCGAUGCUGUUCCCAUUAAUGAAGUAGCUGGAGUUAGAUCUUACAACUAUAAGCAAACCUUCAAAUUUGCUGAUACACCACUGCCUCAAUAUGCCUAAACUGCAACUUGAAUGAACAAAUUGCAGACAAGAUGAAUUUGUUCUUGAACUGUUUAAUCUGAUAUUAUUAUUCUGAAUUAUAGCUGUUUUAUUGAUUAUCAAAUUCAGCAGCGUACUGUAUGUCACAGUUUAUGUAAUUUUAAUGGGUAAACUUAAUUCAAAUCAAAGGUGAAUAAGUAAA